GGUCGGUCUAUUUACUUGCCGACACGACUCUUAUCAAACUGAUAGACGUAGAAUCGAAGGAACACUCGGAAGUAACUUGUACGUUUGAUAGGAAUGCUCUCGAAGGAAUCAAAAUAACUUCGGAUAGUUUAAUCUUACGUACGUGUUUGACAAUUGUAAUAAUCGAAACACAUUCGUUUUACAAAAAAUAUGAUCAGGUUAUGAACACUACGGUAAUUGAAUAAUGAAACAGAGAAUAUGUUGGCUUCUUUAUCGGAAAGCCACGAGCUGUGUACGAAACAUACACCAAACUCCUGAAAAUACUGUGUACGUUUACUAUAUUUACUCCGUAACAAAUCAACCGCAACGUUCCAGAACAUCAAAGUCAAUCUCGUAUGGCAGCAUCAUAAGCUACGUUGAAAACACGUGCUAUAAUGACGUAAUUGUUUUAAUUUCGGCUAUUUAUGAACGUGGUCCAAUGUACAUAGCGGUGUAAAUAACCCUUUCGUUGCGGCGUUCUUUGGAGGAGUGAAUCUAGAGAUCGAAUGAUCGGCAUUCAAACAGUAUUUUUCAUAAACAACUGAGACUUGACACACGAAAGACUUUUCGAUUCAUGUUUAAGUUCUUUUGAAGUUUGUUAGUACUGUGCCACAGCCAAAUUCUUUCAUUUAUUAGUUUCAUUUAUUAAUACGCUUGAAGGGCUCUCUUGCAAAACGAAAGAAGGUUCCUUGCACGGCAAUUAAAUUACACAGCGUGAAAUUCGGCAAAUCUGUGAUUCCAUAAUCGGUAUCUGGGUCAACGUCAAGGUGCCUUCUGCCCAAUGAUACCGUGGGCCAAGUUUGAAGGUCGACGCUCCAAAAACGGUGCGACGUAGCGCCAAGGCCUACUUUCGUGUAUCCCCUUUAACGGCUCGAUGUCGCUAUGCAAACGUGAUAACGCACAAACCUGUUUGAAACGCGACCACAGACUAGCUCAACGGAGGCGAAACUCUUGUCAGAAGAAAAUUUAGAAUUUCUAUCUUACCUGUUAAUAAUUUUGUUCAGCACGAAUAUAAAUCACAAAUACAAAUCUGGAAGUAGCAUUGCUCUAUCAACCUCUAUCUAGAAAUUUGGCUACUGGUUACUUAUAGACUUUCUAUAGUUAACGAAUAUGGUACACAAACCCAUUUAAGUAAAUAACGAAGAAAAACGUAAUUCGCCAAAUAAAUAACAAAGUAUCUCUAUUAAAUUAAGCACACAUCCAUAAAGGUCAUUGAACAGAAUGAAAUAUGUACUCAGAACCGUCUAAGGUAAAUAUUCAACUUGCGAAAAUUCGCAAGUCCAUCGGAAGGUUAACGUACAGGACGCGUCUUUGAGUGAUCAUCCUCGCUUGUUGUUUAUCAAAUGCGAGAGUGAGUCAGAGUGUCCUUUCUCUGUCUCUCGAACGUUUAAAGUAUACUCUGUCAUUAUCAUGCGUAGGGAGUGUGCGCAACGGACGUGAGCUCUUAGUGUAUAGGAAACACGUUAUCGAACAGUCGUGUCUCGCUUCUCCGUUGUCGAAGGGAGUCAAAAGACCUUUGUACGCGAAUAAGAAACGUUAUGGACCUAACGCGUUACAGGAUGAACGAAUGUUUUGUUCUAGUAGACCCAACGCGUUGUUAGACGGCAGAUCAUGUUGAUCGGCGCAUUCGCUCAACGCCCAACGUGUAACCGCGCCGACAUUUUGUUAAAAGAUCGGGUGGAUUCGAAGGUGGUCGGGACUUGGCGUCACAGGUCCGAUGGUGCAGCCAGUAAGUGAUAAGCAAUCAUCGGAAGGAAUCGUUUGAGGACAUUGUCAGCAUUAGGUUACUUCUACAAAAUGGACGAAACAAUCGAGGCAACGAAUAAACGGGAAAGUCGCGAUAAAAUUAAGAAAAGAACGAUUUCCAUAGAGCAGAAGUUGGAUAUCGCUGUGAAAUUAGAGAACGGAGUACCCGUACAACAAUUAAGUUUCGAAUACGGUAUCCACCCUGCGACUGUCCGUCGGAUUCGACGAAAAAUUUCGAUCUUGCGCUGUUACAGCACCCAAGGUAUCCACGCUCGGAAAAGAAAAAGAAUACGAAAACCGCCGCACCACGAAUUGGAAAAGCGCCUUAACGCGUGGUACUUGGAAAGAAGAGCGUUAGGAGAGACAGCCACCGACCAGAUACUGCAUACGAAAGCCCAGGAAUUGAUUCAACAGUUUGCAGAAACGCCACAAUUCAAGGCUAGUAUAGGGUGGUUGGCGAAAUUCAAAAAACGAUACAACAUCCGUCUAGCGUGCACUAAAACUAAACGAAAACCACAAAAGGAUAUGGCGGGUGUCGAGGAAUACCCGUCGUUUUUUACUUGCAAAGUGGAAAAAGAGAACCUCGCGUACGAAAACGCGUACGCCAUUGAUGAAACUAGUCCUACCUGGAGUAAGAUUGAGUUUGAGGAUGACACGUAUGAAAAGUGUCAGGAAGAGAAUGAAGAAGAACAGGAAAGACCACCGGAAAACGUACAAAAAGAGCCAAUUGCAUUCGUACAAGAACCACUAGGAAACGUAAAAGAAGAUUCACUGGAAAACGAACAGAAAGGGUCAUUUAAGUUCGUACAAGAAUCGCUAGAGAACGCGCAAGGAGAGUCCCAGGCAGAUUUACGAAGAGAAGAAUUAGAGAAAGCAUUCGGCAUAAUAGCGAAGUACUCGGAACACGAGUCCCAAUUCAUUCAACUAACGAUUAGAAAUUUACAAGAGCAUUUCCUGAGAAGACAAGAUUAAUAAAUCUAUGAAUCUAGAAUUAAAAAGUCAACCAUAGUGUAUACUACAAAAAAGGGUAUUUACACCUUGUUCGCAGUCAACGUAUUAAGUAAGAAUGGGAAUCCUGGAUACACGUCGGUCAGAUCAUAGCUAGAGCACAAUGAACAACUAUUCUUACGGAUGGAAACAGGAGGUGAUUGAACCAGAAUUUGUACGACAGGAAACAAAGAAGGUGGAAUUAGGAGAAAAAGGAUCCGGAUUCAGACCACGAGCAGCCGUCCAGGACUUUAGCACUCUCAAGCAAGAAUGUUUGUCAAUGGGCAGACUCUUCGAAGAUCCCGAAUUCCCACCAGUGGACUCUUCUUUAUUUUUCUCGAAACGACCUGAUAGAUACAUAGAAUGGAAACGUCCAAUGGAAAUCGCGGACAACCCGCAACUGUUCGUGGAGGGUUUCUCCAGAUUCGAUGUUCAACAGGGUGAAUUAGGAGACUGUUGGUUGCUGGCCGCAGUUGCGAAUCUUACUAUGGACUCUAAUUUAUUUUUUCAAGUAGUGCCAGAAGACCAGAGUUUCGAAGAGAAUUACGCCGGCAUCUUCCAUUUCAGGUUUUGGCAGUAUGGCAGAUGGGUUGAUGUAGUAAUCGACGACAGAUUACCGACCUAUCGUGGCGAAUUAAUGUACCUACGUUCAGCGGAAAGCAACGAGUUUUGGAGUGCUCUGCUAGAAAAAGCUUAUGCGAAACUUCACGGUUCCUACGAGGCGCUGAAAGGUGGAUCCACUUGCGAGGCCAUGGAAGAUUUCACGGGCGGUGUAACGGAAAUGUACCAAAUGGAGGAAACACCUCCGAAUCUGUUUAAUAUUCUGCUAAAAGCUUUCGAAAGAAACUCGUUAAUGGGCUGUUCGAUAGAGCCUGAUCCAAACAUACUGGAAGCAGAGACGCCUCAAGGACUGAUCAGAGGUCAUGCUUAUAGUAUUACUCGCGUGAAAUACGUAGAAAUUGAAAUGCCAAAUCGGGUAGGAAGGAUACCCUUACUUAGGCUUAGGAACCCUUGGGGAAACGAAGCGGAGUGGAAUGGUCCGUGGAGCGAUCAAUCACCCGAAUGGAGAUUUAUUCCCGAUCACGAGAAGGAAGAGCUAGGUUUGACCUUCGACAUGGACGGUGAAUUUUGGAUGUCGUUUCAAGAUUUCACUCAAUACUUCACCCAACUAGAAAUAUGCAAUUUAAAUCCAGACUCGUUGACCGAGGACGAUUUAAACGCUGGUAAGAAGAAAUGGGAGAUGAGUGUGUUCGAAGGCGAAUGGGUGCGAGGCGUUACAGCUGGGGGCUGUAGGAACUUCCUAGAAACUUUUUGGCACAACCCUCAAUAUCGUAUUACGCUGGAGUAUCCGGAUGAGGACGACGAUAAGUGUACAGUAAUCGUGGCGUUAAUGCAGAAGAACAGGCGAGCACAGAGAAGAAUGGGCGCAGAGUGUCUAACUAUUGGAUUCGCAAUAUACAGCUUGGAGAAUCCUGCACGACUACCCAAACCGUUAGACAUCAAUUUCUUCAAAUACAAUGCAUCCGUCGCGAGGUCGCCGGCAUUUAUAAAUUUGCGAGAAGUCACGUGUCGUUUCAAACUACCACCUGGCGUGUAUUGUAUAGUUCCGAGUACGUUUGAUCCUAACGAGGAGGGUGAAUUUCUACUUCGAAUAUUCUCUGAAAAUCAGAAUAACAUGGAGGAGAAUGACGAAGAAGUCGGUAUUGGUGAAGUUGAUGAUAGGGUGCUUCACCCUAAAGGUGAUAACGAGCACGGAGAUGGAGAUAAGGUUCGAGAAGAACCGGAACCAGACCGAAAUGAAGAUAAAGUUCGAGAGUUCUUCAAAAAACUCGCUGGUGACGACAUGGAAGUAGAUUGGAUGGAACUGAAGGAAAUCUUAGAUUUUGCAAUGAGAAAAGAACUACCACAGUCGUCGGGUCGUAGUGAGGCUCAUGUCACUGAAACCGUACAAGGAAAUGGUUCGUUUAUCGACACUAUCAUCUCACUGCUGUGCGGCAUUGUUUGUAAUAAUGAACAGUACAAUAAGUCCGUAGAAACACGCGAUAAAGGAUUCAGUAAGGACGUGUGCCGUAGCAUGGUUGCUAUGCUAGAUGUAGAUCAUUCAGGGAAACUCGGAUUCGAAGAAUUCAGAACUUUGUGGAACGAUAUAAGGAAAUGGAGGGCGGUUUAUAAAUUAUACGACAAAGACGAUUCAGGAUUCUUAAGUGCGUUUGAACUACGACAAGCGUUAAAUAGCGCUGGUUACCGACUUAAUAAUCAUAUUCUCAACAUUUUGGUACACCGUUAUGGAACGAAAGACGGCAUGAUCACGUUCGACGACUAUAUAAUGUGCGCUGUGCGACUCAAAACAAUGAUAGACAUUUUCAGAGAACGAGAUCCGGAUUUAACUAAUACCGCAACGUUUACAAUGGAGGAGUGGAUAGAGAAAACCUUAUACUCGUAAUCUAAUCCGUGUGUCAAAAAUGUUGAUAAAGAAAGAUAAAUACGUCAGUGCCGUUCGUAUCGUCCUUGUUAUCUGUAGACUAUUUCUUCUAUCAUGAAAAACUUGACGAAUUUAAACUCUACCCGGACCGAACAACUCUUUUUUUAUAUUCAAUUUCCAUGUAACUCGUUUAAGUACACAGUAUCCCACAAUUGGUGAUGCAAUGGAACAAAAGAUGAUCCUUUUUCUAAUGACUUGAUUAAUUUUUUAAGUGUAUCAAAGAAAUAGACAAUGUAAAAUAUAGAAGUAAAAGACAAAAAUAAUAUCAGUUAGUUUUACUACAAAAACAUCUUAUUUUUCCAAAAAAAAUCACUUUGCACCACGUAUUUUGGGAUAUUAUUUACAGAUGAACCGAGGACUUCAUGGAAGAAAAGUAGAAGAAAUGAUCAAGAAUGUAUCUACGUUCUCAUUGAGAAAUUACAAAUAGAAAUCGUACCAUUUAUAGUAAUUUGUCUUUUGCAUUUGUAUUGGUACUAUUAUAUACGUAGGCAAAAACGUGGUUUUACGUGCCUUAAGAUAACUUUGACAGAAUCAUAAUUUUAUACAGAAAGUUCUUCUAUGAAACAUGUAAAUGAUUUAAGGAAAAUUGACGGCCUUCCUUGUUAUGUAAGAUAUACAUAUAUACGAAAAUUGUAUAAGUUAAGUAUCCAUCUGAACUGUAUUCAAAAUAAAAUUCUAUUAUUUUGCA